UGUGUGAAUACUGAACAAUCAAAUCGAAUUGUUCGCUCAAAAUUGCGUGGGAUUUCAAGUGAUGAUGCGUGCGUUGGUUCAGGAGACACACUGCCCACUCCGACUUUGAAGGUUUACAGUUUUGGUGAUUUGAAGUGUGCGACUAGGGAUUUUAGGAGUGAUAUGGUUUUGGGAAUAGGAGAUUUUGGCACUGUGUAUAAGGGAUGGGUGGAUGAGAAGAGCCUGCAGCCUUCGAAACUAGGGACUGGGAUGAUGGUUGCAAUCAAGAAGUUGAAUCCCCAGAGCAUGCAGGACUUUGAUGAAUGGCAGUCAGAAGUGGACCUUUUUGGAAAGUUGACACAUCCCAACAUGGUUAAGCUCUUGGGAUACUGUUGGGAAGAUAGAGAAAUGCUGCUUGUCUACGAAUUUAUGCAGAAGGGAAGCCUUGAAAAUCAUCUUUUUAGACGAAGUGCUUAUACAAAAUCAUUGCCGUGGGAUAUAAGACUAAAAAUAGCGAUAGGAGCUGCAAAGGGACUCGCUUUUCUGCAUGCUUCGGACAGCAAUUAUCGUGACUUUAAGGCCUCAAACAUUCUUCUUGACGGGAAUUUCAAUGCAAAAAUAUCGGAUUUGUGGUUAGUGAAACUGGAGCCUUCUAGAGGGAAUGCAACACUCCAAAUGGCGAUAGGAGCAGCAAAUGAAAUGGCUUUUCUCAAUGCUUCAUACAGUAUUUAUCGAAGAGCGGGUGACCACCCUUAUAUACAUUCCUACAUUUUGUCUUUCUGUAUAUUCUCCUGAACUGGCUGCAAUCAUGUUAGUUGCUUUUUUUAACAUGAGGACAUCUAAAUGAGAAGUGCAACGUGUAUGGGUUUGGCAUGGUGCUGCUGGAGCUGCUGACAGGCUCGAGAGGCCAUGACAUGCCAUGGGCACAUCAGUACUUGACGCAUUGCACGACUCCCCUUCUUUCCCAGUGACGGAAACUGAUACGCUUCAUCGAUGAACGACUACAAGGCCAGUAUUCGUUCAAGGCAGCAGCACGGGCUGCUCAACUCACCCUCAUAUGCUUGGAGCAAGAGCCCAGAGACCGGCCUCCGAUGGAAGUGGUGGCUGAGGUCUUGGAACAGAUUGCAGCCAUGGAAAAACCUGAAGUGUCCACAUUGCAUCAAUCGAGAAGAUAGAUGAUCAAAGGUGAUGUAACACUUUAGUGUAUAUGGAAGGGCCAAUCUUUUGUUCAUAUUUCCAUAUCAGUAUUUGACCUACAGGGCUUAUCUUCCCUGCAAUGAAAGGGCCUAUCUCACUUCCAA